AUGGUUAGACGAAGAAAUAUUCAUUUUUUACAAAAAUGUUUAAUAAAAAUAUGUAUGUUGACAUUUUUAAUGAUGAUUGGUAUAAUACUCAUUGAUAAAAGAGAUCGGUCAUUUAAAAAGUUAACUGUUGUUAAAUUAACAUCGAAUUUCGACGAAGCAGUGAAAUUGAUAUCUCGUCUUCGUUCUAAUUAUUCAUCUAUCCAUGGUCUACGUUAUCGAUCUAUGAUUUGUACGAUAGUUAGAAAUGAUCAUUAUAUUGCAGAAUUUCUAUUACGACAUAUUAUAAGUGGCUUUUCUCACAUUGUUGUUUAUGACAAUAAUAGGAUUUCGGCUGGUUAUGAUAGUAAUAUAAGCGCUGUAUUAGAACCGUUCAUUGCAGCUGGAGUAGUAACACACGUUCCGUGGCAACAGAACACUACAGAAUUAUUUCUAUUCGAAUACCAAGAGAUUCAAGCCCAUGAGUGUAUCAAUAAAUAUGGAAUACAUGCAGAUUGGGUGGCAUAUUUUGAUAUUGAUGAAUAUUUUUACUUUGAAAAACAAAAUGUUUCAGUGAAUACACUUAAUGAUCUUCUUGUAGAACUUGAACAAUAUCCUUUAUGCGCAAUUCGUAUUCGUUGGACAUAUAUGUAUGGAGAAGGUACAAUGUUGAGACCAAAUCGUCCAUUAUUUGAAUCAUAUCCUCGUAUAUGUAAAGCAGCAUUACAAACAAAAGUUUUAGGCAGAGCAAAUAAUACAAUCUUUCAUAUUCCUCAUGAAGCAUUCUGCAAAAAAUACAAGUAA